AUGGCCGGUUGUUUAGACAACAUUCAGAUCAGACGUCCGGAAUGGCUGGAGUUGGGGGAGAAGAGGAAUGCCAUCGCAUCCAUUGCCGCCGGAACUGCCGUAUGUCACAGACUAUGGCCACACGAUGACAGUGGCGAUGAUAAUGAUGAGCUAAUCCCUUUCUUCACGGGCUGGUGGAUAAUCAUCGACAUAUCGGCGCGAUAUACGGAAGGCAACGACUUUUACAACGCGUUUCACGUCUGCGGCGUUUUGGGAACCCUUUCCCUAUUCAUAUAUCCUAAUUGCGGCACAGGUUGCCAGUGUAGGCCCCGCUGCGGAUGCCCUCGCCUCACAAGCCAGUCUGCCGCCGGUCCUAAACCGAGAAGUAACCGAAACACAUGGGCUUCGGUGAUCGCCGCCAUUUGGAUACUGUUUGGCGUUUAUGUGAUCCCAUCCGAUAAGAAGGUCUACCCGGGUAUCGGAAUCUUCUUUCAAAACGCACUCAUCUUUGCGGGUUCAUUGAUAUUUAAAUUCGGAAGGACUGAAGACCUGUGGAACUGAUUAGUAGUGAUUCGUGUCUUAAACUGUCACCAAACCCUCGCCCCCUCCCCUCCCACUCUACCGUAAAUCCAAUACUUAUUUUCUAUUUAAUCUCAAUAAUAGAUCUAAUUUUAAUGCAAUUAUUAACUAUUAUUUCAUUGCUUAUGAUUUAAUUAUUCCGACAACUUUUUGUACUCAGAUUUUUGUUUAUAAUUUGUAAUUAAAAAUAAUUAAAUUAAAUUUGUUUUUAUAUAUAGAUUAAUAUUGUGUUCACAUUUCCUAUUGAAUUAUAAAUUAUUAAACCACAAGUUUUUUUUAGUAAUUAUAAUAAUUUAAAAACACAUUUUAGGAUUUUAUUUAUUCAAUGCUCUCUCGAAUCGAAACUUUUUAUAUAAAAAAUAAUGACAAA